AAGGGUUUUACGAGGUGCAUAAGCAGAGUAAAACAAUAGCUCGUUCACAAUAUUUUCUCCAGAUAACCGUGAUCGUCGACGAUGCCAAAGUCUAAGCGUAACAAGAUAGUUUCACUAUCAAAGACGAAGAAGAAGGGUAAGGAACAUAAAGAAUCAAUCGUGAAUUCCAUAAGGGAAUCUGCGGAAAGUUACAAUUCUAUCUAUGUUUUCUCCUUCGAGAACAUGAGAAAUCUUAAAUUCAAGGAGUUUAGAGAGCAGCUCAAGUCUAGCAGCAGAUUUUUCCUUGGUUCAAAUAAAGUUAUGCAAGUUGCAUUAGGCCGUUCUGCUUCUGAUGAGAUUAGGCCAGGUCUUUACAAAGUCUCUAAGCUUCUGCGUGGGGAUGCUGGACUUUUUCUUACCAACCUGACAAGAGAAGAAGUCGAAAGCCUGUUUAAUAAAUUUGAAGAAAACGACUUUGCAAAGACAGGAACCAUUGCAACUGAAAAGGUGGAACUUUUGGAAGGUCCUUUGGAUCAGUUCACACAUGAGAUGGAGCCCUUUCUGCGCAAGCAAGGCAUGCCAGUUCGGUUGAACAAAGGUGUUGUGGAACUUGUUUCAGACUUUGUUGUCUGUGAGGAAGGAAAGCCUUUGUCACCAGAGUCUGCUCGGAUACUGCGUUUGUUGGGUAUCAAAAUGGCUACUUUCCGAUUAAACUUGAUAUGUAGAUGGAGUCCUGAGGACUUUGAACUUUACAAGGAAGGACUAGAAGAAUCUGAUGUUGAAUGCGCCUAGACCAAUGCUUCCAGAUUGAAGACAAUCAUUCAAAUUUCAUGUAUUGUUACCAUCUUGGUUGUUAUGGAUGACAAUGUGUUAUCACAAAGUAAAAUGCAGCUGCAUUACCGUUGGUGCUGGUUUCUUAGUUUUGUAUUGCUUUCUUGUUAUUGUAGUCCAGGUGUUUAGCUGGUUUAUUUUAUUCUGCAACUGUUGCACUAAAUUUUGAUAUCUUUUAACAUAUUUGCCUCAUUAUCUCUGUAAAAUCUUCUGUUAUAGUAUUAAAUCCAUUUGAAAUUGCAACA